CCAUCGAAAGCGGCUAAACUGUUCGGUGUCGAUGCCGAUCAAUUCAUUUCGGCAUUGGUUCGACCGAGAAUCAAAGUCGGAACUGAAUGGGUUCAUAAAGGGCAGAACAAGCAACAGGUCGAUUGGGCUGUCGGUACUCUGGCAAAGGCAAUCUAUGCCCGUAUGUUCACCUGGCUCAUUAAACGUGUGAAUAAGACACUUGCAGCAAACCUUGAGGAAUCUGCGCACUAUAUUGGAGUGCUUGACAUAGCAGGAUUCGAAAUUUUUGAUGUAGUCUUCAGCCAACAAAAUCCUUUCCUAUGCUAUGAUCCUUACUGUAGAGGCGUUGACAUCGCCCCUGCAUAUCCACACCAUUUCAAUAGUCGCUGGCACAUCAAUGCAAGCGAUGCUUCAACGGUCUCUACACUGUGCUUCGUCCCUCCCUAUCCCUGA